GCCUUCCCUCGCGCUCCCCCAAAACCUUUGACCCUCCUACUCUUUUUUUCUCCCCUUCUUUCAUCUGCAUCCCUCUCUUCCUCUCCAUCUCACAAACCUCCAUCCCCUCCCUCUACGCAUCAGUCCUCUUUUCGGUUCGCUCCAGAAAAAGAGUCUCUUCGCGUCUUCUACUCUCCCCACGGUCUUUCUUGCCCGUAUCUGACAUCGCUCAAGCGAAAUCAUUCACGACAAGAAAAACUUCGCGCGCUCUUUGCAACUAGCAAAUAUGUCCUACGGCGGCGGAUACGGUGGUGGUCGCGGCGGCGGCGGUGGCUACGGCGGCGGUCGUGAUCGUCAGGACAGAGGCGGUCGCGAUGGCGGCUACGGCGGCGGUGGUUACAACGGUGACAGCAACGGAUACGGUGGUGGUGGUGGUGGCUACGGCGGCGGUGGCGGUUUCGGCGGUGGUGGUGACCGCAUGAACAACCUUGGCGCUGGUCUUCGCACACAAGAAUGGGGUGAGUUGGAUACAAAAGUAAACACCAGCAACGCGUUCGCUAACCCAAACCCAGAUCUCAACACAAUGCCCAAGUUCGAGAAGUCUUUCUACAAGGAGCACGAGGAGGUCGCCAACCGCAGCCCGGAGGAUGUCGAGUCCUUCCGCCGCAAGCACCAGAUUGCCAUUGCUGGCAACGAUGUCCCCAAGCCCGUUGAGACCUUCGACGAGGCUGGUUUCCCCAGAUAUGUCAUGGACGAGGUCAAGGCCCAGGGCUUCCCCGCCCCUACUGCCAUUCAGUCUCAGGGUUGGCCCAUGGCUCUCUCCGGUCGCGAUGUCGUCGGUAUUGCCGAGACGGGUUCCGGAAAGACGCUAACCUACUGCCUUCCCGCCAUUGUCCACAUCAACGCCCAGCCUCUGUUGGCCCCCGGCGAUGGCCCCAUUGUCCUGAUCCUCGCCCCCACCCGUGAGCUUGCCGUCCAGAUUCAGCAGGAGAUUUCCAAGUUCGGCAAGUCUUCCCGCAUCCGCAACACCUGCGUCUACGGUGGUGUCCCCAAGGGACCCCAGAUUCGCGACCUCUCCCGCGGUGUCGAGGUCUGCAUCGCCACCCCGGGACGUCUCAUCGACAUGCUCGAGGCCGGCAAGACCAACCUUCGUCGCGUCACCUACCUUGUGCUCGACGAGGCUGAUCGCAUGUUGGACAUGGGUUUCGAGCCCCAAAUUCGCAAGAUUAUCGGCCAGAUUCGCCCCGACCGUCAGACUCUCAUGUGGUCCGCCACCUGGCCCAAGGAGGUUCGCGCUCUUGCGUCCGACUUCCUUUCCGACUUCAUCCAGGUCAACAUCGGUUCCAUGGACUUGGCUGCCAACCACCGCAUUACCCAGAUCGUUGAGGUUGUCAACGAGAGCGAGAAGCGUGACCGCAUGCUCAAGCACCUCGAGAAGAUGAUGGACAACAAGGAGAACAAGGUCCUCAUCUUCGUUGGCACCAAGCGUGUCGCUGACGAGAUUACCCGCUUCCUUCGCCAGGACGGAUGGCCCGCGCUUUCCAUCCACGGUGACAAGCAGCAGAACGAGCGUGACUGGGUCCUUGACCAAUUCAAGACGGCCAAGUCUCCCAUCAUGGUCGCGACCGACGUCGCGUCGCGUGGUAUUGAUGUUCGCAACAUUACUCACGUGCUGAACUACGACUACCCCAACAACUCGGAGGACUACAUCCAUCGUAUUGGUCGUACCGGUCGUGCUGGUGCCAAGGGUACCGCUGUUACCUUCUUCACCACUGACAACUCCAAGCAGGCUCGUGACCUUGUCAACGUCCUCAGAGAGGCUAAGCAAGAGAUUGAUCCCCGUCUCGCUGAGAUGACCCGCUACGGUGGCGGCGGUGGUGGUGGUCGCUACGGCGGCUGGGGCCGUGGCCGUGGUGGUGGCCGCGGCGGCGGUGGCGGUAGAGGCGGUCGUCGUUGGUAAGAACCUUGCCAACCGGACUAUUCCAAGGGCGAGGUAACUCAUCAUGCGGCGGCAACUUGCGCAAUUCUCAUGCAAAAUCGGCGUUCACGUAGACGGGGGUUUUAGACUCGAGGUACCCGGGACACGUAUCUGUGUCUCCUUCAGUCUGGUAUUUUUCCACGGCUAUUUUCAUUUUCCUUGAGUGUUUCUUUUAUUUUGCCCAUAUCGGUUUGGGGCCUGUGUGCGAUAUUUUUUCAGGCAUGGUCAAAACGUGGAUCAGGUUGAACAAAAAGUUAAGACGGAACGGAGACGACACGAUGAUAGGUGUCGAGGACUGCAAUAUAGAUCCUAAUGGGGUCCAGUCACUUUUGAUGCUCUUCCACGAGCAAGAAUGGAUGGCUCAAGUCGAAAGCUCGACAGGCGGCAAAGGCAUUAGAUGAUUGUGUAUAUCAGACAUGGCCCUGUCGAGGGCGGCUUACUGCUCAGGUAGUAAUAGGAAGAUCAUCUCAUGAAAA